AUGCUUCGGACCUCGAAGAAGCUGCCAGGAAAGGCCUACGCAGCCCUGCGGCAGUGGCCCGGUGCGAAAACUCAGACGAAGAGGCUCCACUUCGAGUCCUCCUCGUACAAGGCUGUGCUGCAGCGAUUGCUGGACCUACAGGGACCUGCAAAGGUGCAACUGCCGCCGCACUGGGUACUCGCAUCAGUGCCGAACUUCCGCAACUUCGGUAGAGUUCACGUCAGGAAGAAGGUGGCUCAUGUUCUGCUUGCGGAUGUGAUGGGGAAGGCCCUGCCCGAAGGUGCAGCCAGCCGGGAAGGCCACCAGGUUCUCCCAUACCAAAGAGAGGCGGUGAACUUUGCACUUCGGCGUGGGGGCCGGGUGCUGCUGGCAGACGAGAUGGGUCUGGGGAAAACAGCCCAGGCCCUGACACUGUGCUCCCAAUUUCCAAGCGACUUCCCAUUGCUCGUGGUCUGCCCGUCCUCCCUACGUGGGAACUGGCGAGAGGAGGCCUCGCGGUGGCUUCCGUCAUCGAUCGUGUCAAACCCGGAUCGUCACAUCCAAGUGGUGCUGAAGGGCUCAGACAAGCUUCGCCGCGAGGCACGCGUGGUGAUUGUCAGCUACGACCUGAUAGCUCAGCAGGAAGCCUUUCAGCAGUCGGCCCACGGCAAGAAGUACCGCGUGGUCAUUUGUGACGAAGCUCACUUCCUCAAGACGCCAUCGUCUCAGCGAUCCAAGGCGCUUCGCCCGAUCCUCCAGGAGACUCGGCGAUGCGCCCUCCUCACGGGAACGCCUGCCCUGGCGAAGGCCUCAGAGCUCUACCCGCUGUUGGACUGCCUGCUGCCGGGCGUGCUGCCGAGUCACAACGAGUUCUGCAAAAGGUAUUGCAAUGAGAAGACGCUGCGGCUUGGCAAGCGGCAUGUGAAGCAGUGGGAGGGCUGUCGCUUGGGAGAUGAGCUCUAUGCAGUCCUCGAUGCUGUCAUGGUCCGACGCUUCAAGAAGGAGGUGCUCAGCCAGCUCCCGGCGAAGCGCCGGCAGCGCGUGGUGCUGGACAGGCUGAGCAACGAGCAAGGUGUGCUGAAAGAGCUUCGGGAGAAGAUGAGUGCCUUCGGGUGUCAGCGUGAAGAAGGAGAUCUCCAGGGCGGCAAGAGUGGUGCCGCUGCUACGGAGCUUUUCAGGCUCACCGGCCUCGCCAAAGUGGAUGCAGUCGCAGAAUAUGUGCAGUACUUGGUGGAGGCUGAGUGCCGGUUCCUGCUUUUUGCACAUCACCACGCAGUGAUGGACACUUUACAGCAGAAGCUCGAGAAGUUGAAAGCAGGAUUCAUCCGUAUCGAUGGCAAGACCCCUUCGCAUCAGAGAGAACAGUUGGUGAACGAGUUUCGCUCGAAUCCGGCCAAGCAAGUGGCAUUGCUGUCGAUCACUGCAUGCGGACAAGGCCUCAACCUGCAGGUUUGCUCGACGGUGGUCUUUGCGGAGCUGCACUGGACCCCAGGGACGCUGCUUCAGGCUGAGGACCGAGCCCAUCGAAUGGGCCAGCAAGAGUCCGUGAAUGUCCACUACCUGAUAGCCAAAGACACCCUGGAUGAAAGCGUAUACCAGAUGCUGGAACGAAAGCAGCACGACGUAGGUGUCAUGGUUGAUGGGCAGGCAUCCAAAAUCGGCGCUGAGAAUGUGGGCUCGAAGGGGACUUUCUCGAAGACGCGACCCGUCGAGACUGGAGAGUCGGCAGGCAAUCCACCGCCUGGUGAAGAUCAGCCGCAAGAGUCGGCUGGAAGCAUCGAGGAUCCUCGUCAGCUUCGACUCUUCUUUCCGAAGCCGAAGGAAGAAGGUGCCGAGGAUGCCGGGGAGGACUCCUGGGUAUCGGAGCCAGUGUCCAUCGACGUGGACUGA